AGUGUUGGGGCCUGAGGAUCCACCCCUGGUACCAAACAGCCCCUCCUGUAGAGGCAGAGCGGAGGGAACAGACUGCUCACAUAGCGGAAGAUGGCGAUUGCAUGGAGGAAUCGGUGGAGCUGAUAACCGUGGAGAAGCAGAGGAUAUAUAGACACCCGGAACCCUGAAAGGAUUAUAAAUAGAAAAGAAAAUAAUGUCCCUUUCCCCCGACAAUGAAGAUGAAUACUUUGUUGCCAUGGAUACAGAGGAUGAGGGUGCACAGCAAACUGAAUUAAGAGACGGAAUGGAGUCAAAGAUGGGGUCCUGUUGUCAAGAAGCAAACAUGGACACUGGUGCCAAAGGGAAGGGGAGAACGAUGGUUGAGCUGCCGGAGGAAGUCCUUGAAUAUAUUCUGUCCUUCCUCUCACCUUACCAGGAGCAUAAGACCGCUGCACUGGUGUGUAAGCAGUGGUAUCGUCUUAUUAAAGGUGUCGCCUAUCAGUGUUACCAUGGUUUUCUGAGAGCUGUCCAGGAGGGAAAUAUCCAAUGGGAAAGCCGAACAUACCCGUAUCCUGGAACCCCAAUCACGCAGCGCUUUUCACACAGUGCAUGCUAUUAUGACUCAAAUCAGUCCAUGUAUGUUUUUGGGGGGUGCACUCAGAGUAGCUGCAAUGCUGCCUUUAACGAUCUAUGGAGACUGGACCUCAACAGCAAAGAGUGGAUCCGCCCUUUAGCCUCAGGCUCAUAUCCAUCUCCAAAAGCUGGAGCCACUCUGGUGAUGCACAAAGAUCUGUUAGUGCUUUUUGGAGGCUGGACGCGCCCCAGUCCUUACCCACUUCACCAACCUGAGAGGUUUUUUGAUGAAAUUCACACCUACUCACCUUCAAAAAACUGGUGGAAUUGUAUAGUGACGACACAUGGACCUCCACCUAUGGCAGGACACUCAUCAUCUGUAAUUGGAAGCUCCAUGAUAGUGUUCGGGGGAUCAUUAGGAGCACGCCAGAUGAGCAAUGAAGUUUGGGUUCUGGAUCUGGAGCAGUGGUCCUGGUCCAAGCCGCCCACAUCGUGUCCAUCACCUCAUCCCAGAGGAGGCCAGUCACAGAUCGUUGUUGAUGAAAAGACGUUGCUUAUAUUGGGAGGCUGCGGUGGUCCUAAUGCACUUCUUAAAGAUGCCUGGCUCCUCCACAUGGAUAGCCCUGCAUGGAGGUGGCAGCAGCUGCAGGUGGAAAAUGAGGACCAUGGAGCCCCAGAGUUAUGGUGCCACCCAGCUUGUAAAGUGGGCCAGUGCGUGGUAGUUUUCUCACAGGCUCCAUCAGGCCGUGCGCCUCUUAGUCCAAGUCUUAACUCAAGACCUUCCCCCAUAAGUGCCACACCUGCCCCGUUGGGGCCGGAGCCCCCCUCCCUGCGCUCUCAGUCCCCUAUCCGAAGCGGGGCCGCCGGUGUCGUCCUGGGUGGUGCAGAAGAGGCUCCGUGCGUAAAUGGUCGGUGGGGCACGCUAAGACCUCGACCUUCAGCCAGAGGAAGCGCUAGAGACGGGAGUCCUUCCUCAUCCCAGCAGCAGUCACCAUCACAAGGCCCUGACAGCCCCCCUCUCCCCCCACUUCCCUCUCUCAUAAAUGGAUCUUCCCCUUCUCCUCGGACCAGCCCGGCCCAGGGGUGCUCUCCUCCCUCCCGUCCUCAUCUCCCUGGUUCUACAGACUAUGGGUGGGAUUCUCCUCCUUCUGCUGCUCUUCACCAAGACGUCCCAAAUACCAAUGGCCUGCACACUCCCCCCUCAAGCUCCCCUCUUACACCCCCUGGAGCAGUGUCCCCCGCUGCCCUACGAAGAGGACUAGAGGCAGUAAAAAAUAGGUCUUCUUCAUCUUUACCGCCGUCUUCCCUUCAAACACAGGGAGCUUCUCCUAUGGGCAGCGUAGUUGGCGGAGGAGGAACUGGCCCCUCAGGAACCCCGCCGUCAUCUUCUUCCAGCCCACCACAGGCCACUGUAGCUGAUGGACAUGCUAUCCCACCGAUAGCGCGGCGCCUUGGCCAUCACCCGCCUCAGAGUCUGAAUGUAGGCAAACCUCUUUAUCAUUCCCCAAACUGCAAGCCCAUGCAGAUGUACGUGCUGGACAUCUCCCGGGCCAAAGCCGCGGGGGUUGUGUCCUGGAAAGUUUACGGUAACGGCACCCCCGCAGCAGUCACGGGGCCUCCGGAGACUAGCCUUCACACUGUGGUGCAGGGCAGGGGGGAGCUUAUCAUAUUUGGGGGCCUCAUGGACAAGAAACAAAAUGCUAAAUACUACCCUAAAACCAAUGCUUUGUACUUUGUUCGUGCUAAAAGGUAAUGCCUCUUCAGGCAGGACUGGAAAGACGGACGUUGAGCUUUGCAACAACAUAAGGGAACUAGCACAAACGGCCUUUUACCUGUAGGAAAGAAUCUAAUAAAAUAACUUUAUCAGUGCUAGAUGUCUCACUUGAAUUCACUAUUGUCCCUUCUGCCUAUUGAACAGGAAACACUUUAGCUACACUUUGAAAAAAUUAAAGAAAAAAUAUCUUUGCUUGAAUGAGAAUUUUCUGAGUGUAUGUUUAGAGAGGACCGCGUGUUUUUAUCGCCCUCUGGUGGUGAACAACCAAACAACAUGUGUUUGUGUAUGUGUGUGUGUGUGUCAUCUCUUCAGGACUCUUAAAAGGAGAGAAACUGGAAGAGUCGAUGACUACCUUUCUUUUUCUAUCUCUCUAAAAGCCUGCAAUGUUUACAUAGAAACAGUGAGUGGGUGUGCUUGUGUGCAUGAUGGUGGUUUAUGGUCAUUGACUUAUGUGUGUUUUGGUGGGGGGGGGGCGCACAGUGGCAGAGAGAUGUGACACUGUACCAUGAACAUAGUUGAACAAUAAAGGCCUCUGUCUGCUCUGUG